CGUCGUAGCCAAGAAAGUUGAGCAGCAACUAAAAGUAACUGUUAGUCGGCAUUUGAAAGUUAUCUGUCUCAAGGGGAAAUUUGUUGUAAGUAAUGGCUUGGCCGGGCAAAUUAGAAACCACUUUCUGGAAAAGAAAGCAGCUGUACUUGUAUUACUUUUAAAAGUAAGUUUUUGAAGGGAAAGUACAGUGGAGCACACUGUAAACCUGAGCGCGUGAGUACGUGUAAAUGGCAUUUUGGGACAUUAAUACGAGACUUCUGCACUGUCAGCUGUUAUCUCGGUUCGGAGAAGUGGAUUCUUUGGAUUAAUCCGUUAAUGAAACUUUUGGAAUACUUGGGUGAUUUUUGUUGGAUUGUUUUUAACUUGGAUUAUCAUCACUGAAGAAGGCUGAAGGAUUUCGAGGUUUGAAGCUGAAGAGGAUACAGCACAUCUGGGGGAAAAUGGGUAAUAUAGAAAGUGUGGACGGGCAGUCUGAGAUGAAGCAUCACAUCAUGCCCCUGAAGGUGCCCAUGCCUGACCCCACCGAGCUGGAGGAGAAAUUUGCCAUUGUUUUGAAUUCUAUGAACCUUCCUCCAGACAAAGCCCGGCUCCUCAGGCAGUAUGACAAUGAGAAGAAGUGGGACCUGAUCUGUGACCAGGAGAGGUUUCAGGUGAAGAAUCCGCCUCACACCUACAUCCAGAAGCUACGAGGAUACUUAGACCCUGGAGUCACACGAAAGAAGUUUCGCAGGCGGGUACAGGAAUCUACAAAAGUUUUGAGGGAGCUGGAGAUCUCACUGAGGACAAACCACAUCGGGUGGGUCAGGGAGUUCCUCAAUGAUGAGAACAGAGGUCUUGACGUCCUGGUGGAAUACCUCUCCUUUGCACAGUGCGCUGUCAUGUUGGAUUUUGAGGGUCAAGAGAAUGGGGAGGAUGGCUUCUUGGACAAGGCUAAAUCUUGGAGCAGGUCCAUAGAGGAUCUGCACCAUACGAGCACCCAACCCUUCUGCAACACACUGGUGCGCUCUGCCCGCCAGUCUGUCCUCCGCUAUGGCUCGAUUUCGAACACCAAAACCAUCAAGAACUCCCGCCUUGUGAGCCAAAAAGAUGAUGUGCAUGUCUGCAUCAUGUGCUUGAGAGCAAUCAUGAACUAUCAGUAUGGCUUCAACAUGGUCAUGUCUCACGCACACGCAGUCAAUGAAAUUGCUCUCAGCUUGAACAAUAAGAACUCACGGACAAAAGCCUUGGUCCUUGAACUGCUGGCCGCCGUCUGUCUUGUCCGAGGAGGUCACGAGAUCAUCCUCUCAGCAUUUGACAACUUCAAAGAGGUGUGUAAGGAGAAGCAUCGCUUUGAGAGACUGAUGGAUUACUUCCGCUGUGAGGAGGGAAACAUCGACUACAUGGUUGCUUGCAUGCAGUUCAUCAACAUCGUGGUCCACUCAGUUGAGGAUAUGAACUUCAGAGUCCAUCUGCAGUAUGAAUUCACCAAGCUGGGACUGGAUGAUUACCUGGAGAAAUGUAAACACACAGAGAGUGACAAGCUGUCGGUGCAGAUCCAGGCCUACCUGGAUAACGUGUUUGACGUGGGUGGUCUGCUGGAAGAUGCGGAGACAAAGAAUGCGGCUCUGGAGAAGGUGGAGGAACUGGAGGAGCACCUGUCUCACGUGACGGAGAAGCUGCUAGAGGUUGAGAAUGAAACAAUGAUGAAAGUAGCUGACCUGGAGAAGCUGCUCCUUCAGAAAGAUAAGGACCUGCAAAUAAUACGGGAGACGUACGAGUCGACCAAUACCCAGGUCAACACCCUGAGGAGGAUGAUCAAGGAGAAGGAUGCCGCCUUCCAGAGGCACAACAAUAUUGAGAGGCGGCUGCUGGAGCUCGAACAGCAAGGCACCAUCCGUUUGCACAAGAAGCCAGAUGGAGAAAUUGCCAUCGAGCCACUGGGUGUAAGAGGCGUGGGUGGUGUUGGGGUCAGCGGCCUUGGGAUCCCACUGGGUGACAUUGGGCAGCUGUCUUUGGGUUCAACAGCUGGGUUAACAGAACCAGGAGGACCAGACAUCAGUUUACCACCAGCCAGUGAAGCUCCUCCACCUCCUCCUCCACCUCCACCGCCUCCUCUUCCUUCUGCAUCAGGCUCAAAUGCACCAGUCCCACCACCACCACCUCCUCUUGCUCCACCUCUGCCAGGCGCUUCUCCCUCAGUUAUCCUGAGUGUGGGUCUCUCAGCUAUCAGAAUCAAGAAGCCCAUCAAGACCAAGUUCCGCCUGCCUGUGUUUAACUGGACGGCCUUGAAGCCCAAUCAGAUCAAUGGCACAGUCUUCAACGAGAUUGAUGAUGAGCGUGUGCUAGAGGUGCUGGAUCUGGAGAAGUUUGAGGAGCUGUUUAAGACCAGAGCCCAGGGUCCAAUUGUGGACCUCUGUUGCACAAAGAGCAAAGUAGCCCAGAAGGCGGUAAACAAAGUCACCCUUCUGGACGCCAAUCGCUCCAAGAACUUAGCCAUCACACUGCGAAAGGCUAACAAGACCACAGAAGAGAUCUGCAAAGCAAUAGAGAAGUUUGACCUCAAGGCCUUACCUGUCGACUUUGUGGAGUGCCUGAUGCGUUUUCUGCCCACGGAGGUGGAGGUGAAGGUGCUGCGUCAGUACGAGCGUGAGCGGCGUCCACUGGACCAGCUAGCGGAGGAAGAUCGCUUCAUGUUAUUUUUCAGCAAGAUUGAGAGGCUCACGCAGAGAAUGAACAUCAUCACCUUUGUUGGGAACUUUUCGGAGAACGUCAACAUGCUCACGCCACAGCUAAAUGCAAUCAUUGCUGCUUCUGGGUCAGUGAAAUCUGCACCAAAAUUGAAAAGGAUACUCGAGAUCAUCUUAGCCUUGGGAAACUACAUGAACAGCAGCAAGCGAGGCUGUGUUUAUGGCUUCAAAUUGCAAAGUCUUGAUCUGCUGUUGGACACAAAGUCAACAGACAGGAAGAUGACAUUGCUCCACUACAUAGCUCUCAUUGUGAAAGAGAAGUACCCUGAACUGGCCAACUUUUACAAUGAACUGCACUUUGUGGAUAAAGCUGCAGCAGUAUCUCUGGAAAAUGUGCUGCUGGACGUUCGAGAGCUGGGGAAAGGCAUGGAACUCAUCCGGAGAGAGUGCAGUCUCCACGACCAUUCAGUACUGAAAGCCUUUGUCCAGGCCAGUGACCCACAGCUGGACAAGUUGCAGAAGGACGCCAAAACAGCAGAGGAAGCCUUCAACAAUGUGGUGAACUACUUUGGAGAGAGUGCCAAGACGACUCCACCCUCCGUGUUCUUCCCCGUGUUUGUGCGCUUCAUCAAGGCCUACAAGGAUGCAGUGGAAGAAAACGAACAGAGGAAAAAGCAGGAGGAAGCAAUGAGAGAAAAGUUACUGGCUCAGGAGGCUAAACAGCAUGACCCCAAGGUCCAGGCCCAAAAGAAGAGGCACCAGCAGCAGGAGCUGAUCGCAGAGCUGCGCAAGCGGCAAGCCAAAGACCACCGGCCCGUGUACGAGGGCAAGGAUGGCACUAUUGAAGAUAUCAUCACAGUACUGAAGAGCGUGCCCUUCACAGCCCGCACUGCUAAACGCGGCUCACGGUUCUUCUGUGAAGCCAACCUCUGUGACGACACCAACUGCUAGCCCUUCCCCCCUUAAUGCCAAGGUUGUCCAGAUCUUCGAAACCAGCCUUUCCUGCGAGCUGACGCGUUGAUCCGGAGCGGUUGGAAGAGACCCUAAACCACUUAUCCGUCACUUAUACUCCCCUCCCCUUUAUAACCUUCCUCCCUGUGUUCCGAUGGUCUAUCUCAACCCUGAGGCUGCAGAUCACAAAGACUGAAAGGAGGGACAGGACAGAGCCCUUGUUUUAGCUGGGUAAUUUAUUUAUUUAUAGAGGCCCUUUUACAGCCACUUUAAGUGACAGAAGCACAAUGGUUGACUCCUGUCUCACUGCAAAGACAAGACUUUCCCUGCUCUGUUGCCACUGAGAAGCAGACCAGUCGGAGGAUGACUACAAAACAGGUGAGGUGAGUUGAGGACGGGCGUACCGCAAAACAGGAAGAACAGUGCUUCCACGAGCAAGUGCCUGCCAACAUGUGGAUCUUAUUCCCAAGACCGUUAAUUUCCUCAGAUUAUGCAGUUGUAGCAGGAUUUCGACUGGAAGGCAGCCAAAGGGAAGACGCCAACUCCGCUGCUGGGAUGUUUGCCUUGAAGACACUUUCACAACAGACAAGCGUCAACAUUAUAAUGAGACAUCUGGGGACGGUUUCCUAACAUUAAGCCGAGUCAACACAUUCAUUCAAGACUUAAUAUUUUUUAUUUAGAGUUCAAUCGCAUGUAUCUGGGAGGAAAGGCCAUCGAUUCUACUGGUUCCCUUGGAUGAGCUAACAAAACCAAACUUUCUCAACUGUCUCAUGUUUUGCUUAAGAAGUGCCUUUUUGUGUGUAAACAGUGUUAUUUCUCGUGAGUCAGCCAUACUUUUAUUUUACAUCUUUCAUUUGUUAAAGCUUGUAUUUUUUAUUGCCUUGUACUAUAACAUUAGACAUAUAAAACUGACAAUAUGUAACAGUUGACAUUUCCCAGCUUUAAAGGCCUGUAACAACUAGAAGGUAAAGUGGAAUGGUUUUAGAUUACCCUUUUAUUUACCGUACAUGAAUGUCUUGAAGCUAAUAACAAUUGACAUUUCUUCGUGCCUUGUCCAAAUAAUUCUGAAAAGUUGAAUGUUAUACGCCUUGACAACACUUUGUCACACUUGAAGUGACAUUUGGAAAGUGACAAAUGUAUGAUGAAGAUACCACAUUGACUGCUGUUUAAGGGCCCAGAUGACAUUAACCUGCUAUAGAUGUGGUGAUGGAUGAAGGACGUUUCCGUUCCUAUGAGGUCUUGUGUUUUAUUAGAGAUGAUCUAACUGUUGAAACAUCCAUGAAACAUCCAUGACUUUGGCACAAAGGGAGCGAACUAUACAUCUUUACACUACUUAAUUUGGCUUAACAUUGUAUGAGACACUAUUGAUAUUAUUGUACAUUCAAAUCAAGGAAUUUACUUACUUUAGAAGAAAUGAUCCAUGAUAUUGUCUAUUGACUGAAAGAUGACACUUCCUGUUUAAUAAAAAAGAUGAAUAAGGUAACUACAAGA